AUGGUUAAAGCUGACAAGCUACACGUAGUUGUGUUCCCAUGGUUAGCCUUUGGUCAUAUUAUCCCAUUCUUAGAGCUUUCCAAGCUCAUAGCUGGGAAGUGUCACAAAGUCUCCUUCAUAUCAACCCCUAGAAACAUUGAUCAACUGCCAAAAUUUCCUCCAAACUCAGCUCCUCUACUGAGUUUAGUGAAGCUCCCUGUAUCCCAAGUCGACAACUUCCCUGAACAUGCAGAGGCCACCAUUGACGUGCCCUAUGACAAGGUCCAAUAUUUGAAAAAAGCCUUCGACGGUCUCCAAACUGAGUUGACUCAGUUCCUCAAGAUCUCAAACCCCGAUUGGAUCAUCUAUGACUUUACCUCUCACUGGUUGCCCCAAAUUGCAAGUCAACUUGGCAUUGCACUUGCCUUCUUUAGUACAGUAAAUGCAUGGUCCGGGGCUUUCUUUGGAUCGGCGAUCACCAUGGCGAACUCCGCUGAUUAUCGUACGAAGCUGGAGGACUUCACCGUCGCACCGAAAUGGGUUCCAUUUCCAUCUUUUAUCGCUUUUCGGCUCCAUGAGAUAAAGAGAUUGUACAACAGUGUUGAUGACAAUAUUUCUGGCAUUUUGGACGCGUCGCAUUUUGGGAAGACUGUAAUGGGAUGCGACGUGUUUCUCAUAAGGAGCUGUACAGAGCUUGAACCUAACUGGUUGGACCUCUUGCAAGAGCUCCAACAUAAGCCAGUUGUACCAGUAGCACUCGGGAGCGAGGUGACACCGAGUCAAGCUGAACUCACAGAGUUGGCUCUAGGGUUAGAGCUUUGUGGUUUGCUCUUCUUUUGGGCUCUAAGGAAGCAGCAUGACUUGGCCAACUCGUUUGAGUUACCAGAUGGGAUACUAGCACAUGACUCGGUGGGUGUUUUCGUGACUCACUGUGGUUGGAGUUCAGUCAUUGAAGGACUGCAAUUUGGGCGGCCAUUGAUCAUGCUGCCUUACUUGGGAGACCAAGGGUUGAUUGCUAGCGCUAUGGAAGAGAAGAAAGUUGGAAUAGAGAUACCAAGAAACGAAGAAGAUGGCUCGUUUACUCGGAACUCGGUAGCUGAGUCACUGAGUUUGGUGGUGGUUAAUGUUGAAGGAAGGACUUAUAGGGAGAAAGCAAAGGAGAUGAAGACAACAUUUGGAGACAAAGAUCUUCAUAGCCAAUACAUAGACAAACUGGUCGAGUACCUUAAAAAACAUAGGCAUCUUCCCACCGACGAUUAA